AUCGAUAUGGCUGACGAUUUUGACGUUGAGGCCAUGCUGGAGGCUCCAUACAGAAAGACUUCCCUAAUGAUAUCUCACCUCUACUCCCAUGAAUUCAUCUUUGAUUCCACUGUGAACUGUGAAAAAAAGGAAGGGCAAGAUGUGUGACAGAGGUGGCAUCGAGCUCUUACAGUCCAAGAACGAAAGUGGGUGAAGAUCACUGGACUGACACCAACCACAAAGGAUCUCUUUUAGUGGCCAUGGGCCAUAUGAGGUCACAUGAUUAGGCACAAAUAGUGGCAUUGGUACGACCUUUAUAGACGGGGAAUGGUGGAGAUGACCUGACUGUUAUCAAAGCUUCCUGAACUCAGCUAAUAUGUUGGACACUACUCUCCCUUAACUUUGCUUUGUUGCAUUAAGUACUAAGCAGCCUUGUAAAGAAAAGAAAUGGGAAGCUAUUGGGGUAGUGGAAGGACACUGUCCAGCCAUGACAGUAGGAAGUUUGUAUUAUUAUUAAUUAUAUAUAUUCUGCAUUUUCUCUUGUCCCACCCCAUCCCCUUUACCUUGACGACUUGAAAUGUUUCAUCUACGUCCUCAUGAUGUUCUUCUAUCAACCUUGCUUAGGAUGAGAACAAGUCCUCUCAUGCAAAUGGACACGAUGACCAGGGCAAGAAGUAAAAAAAGGAGGAGUCGAAGCAAGAGCCGGAGCCCUGGCUCUAGGAAGAGAAGAAGCAGGAGUAAAGACAAAAAGAAGAGCAAGAAGAGGAGCAAGAGCAGAGAAAGAAAACGCAGCCGCAGCAGAGAGCGCCAUCGUAGCCGCUCUCGGAGCAAGGACCGAUCUGGGCGGUACAGAGCACGCAAGAGCCCCGUCCGGAAACGCUCUAAAAGUCGAAGCCCUUUCAAAAAAGAAAAGAGUCCCAUCCGGCAACCGAUUGACAAUCUUACACCAGAGGAGAGGGAUGCGCGCACAGUUUUUUGUAUGCAGCUCGCUGCGAGAAUCAGAGCUCGAGACCUGGAAGAUUUCUUCUCAGCCGUCGGAAAGGUCAGAGAUGUGAGAAUGAUCUCAGACAGAAACUCCCGGAGAUCGAAGGGCAUCGCUUACAUUGAGUUUGUGGAGGCUUCUUCUGUACCUCUGGCCAUUGGUCUGACUGGACAGAGGCUUUUAGGAGUGCCCAUCAUCGUCCAGGCCUCUCAGGCAGAGAAAAAUAGAGCUGCAGCUGCUGCCAACAAUCUCCAGAAGGGCAGUUCUGGUCCGAUGCGGCUGUAUGUGGGUUCCCUUCACUUCAAUAUUACUGAAGAAAUGCUUCGAGGCAUCUUUGAGCCUUUCGGAAAGAUUGAAGGAAUUCAGCUCAUGAUGGACAGCGAGACUGGUCGAUCCAAAGGAUAUGGAUUCAUAUCGUUUGCAGAUGCAGAAUGUGCAAAAAAGGCACUAGAGCAGCUGAACGGCUUCGAGUUGGCCGGGCGUCCGAUGAAGGUGGGGCACGUUACAGAGCGCUCGGACUCGUCGACAGCCAGCUCGUUCCUGGAUAACGACGAACUGGAGAGGACUGGAAUCGACCUGGGCACCACAGGACGUCUGCAGCUGAUGGCUCGGCUAGCAGAAGGAACUGGUCUGAAGAUCCCUCCUGCUGCUCAGCAGGCUCUACAGAUGACUGGCUCCAUACCCUUUGGGAACAUCGCCGCUCCAGCAGCUGUUCCUGCUCCAGCUCCGACCCAAGCUUUGAACCUCCCAUCACAACCACUGGCCACACACUGCCUUCAGCUGUCCAACCUGUUCAACCCACAAGCAGAAAAUGAUCCCAGCUGGGCCACAGAAAUCCAAGACGAUGUGAUUGACGAGUGCAACAAACAUGGAGGGAUCGUUCACAUUUACGUUGACAAGAACUCUGCUCAAGGUAACGUGUAUGUGAAGUGUCCCUCAAUACCAGCAGCGAUGGCGACUGUAAAUGCACUUCAUGGACGCUGGUUUGCUGGCAAAAUGAUAACCGCUGCCUAUGUUCCCUUACCCACCUACCACAACCUUUUCCCUGAUUCAGUAACGGCAAAGCAGCUUCUAAUGCCGGCACGUCGAUAGUCUGAGACAUGCCGCUUCUGAAAGUCAGUGUAAAUACAUUUGUUUGCAUUCAUGGAAAUGUCAUUGAACCAGACACAUUGAAGUUAGUUGGCUGUGUGUAAUAAAAGUGGCCUCAAGUUCACGUUGACCAUUGAAAAUUAGGAUUUUUUUCUUUAGUUGCUUUUCGAGGUUUUUGUGGGUUUGUGUUGUAAACUACCACGAGAAGUAAUCUGCAGGUAUCUAUUGGUCUGUAUGUUUUUUAAAUAUUCCUGUCUUAUCUGCUUGUUUAAAUCAGUUUUAGAUUUAAAAAGAAUUUCCAAGAGUUACAAAAAAAACGCAUUGGGGUUAAUGGGCCUCAAAUGCCAAAAGUAUAUCAAUGUCAACAAUAAUCCUUUGUAACUUUAUACAGCCAUAAUUUCAUUUUUUGUAUGAAGGCUCCCAAUAAACUUGGCAAAAUUUGA